AUGUGGGAGGAUAUGCAGGAGGCGUCGAAGCGUUUGAAUGGAGAUGGUGGUGGUAAGAAGCAAAAUCGGUUAUGGCGGCCACUUUAUGCCUGGCUUGGCAUCGAACAUGUUUCCUCGAGGCCACCACACGUCCAGAGCUCUCGGUUGCCUUCAUCGACGUGCUGGCGCCCCGUAGACGAUCUUUCUUGUGUCACCAUCGUGCUUCUUAAGCUUAUCGAGCGACUCAUCUGCGCAGAACUCCAGGCUCAUUACUUACAACGGAGCGUUGCUUUACAUCUUCAUAGCUCUCAAAGGACAAGUUCCACGAUGAACGGGAACGCUGAAGGCAAGCCUUUGAACGAAGAGACUGUCCCACUUCGCACCGGACCACCAACCCGCGAGGAGCUGCUUGUACAUUAUCCCCCAAAGUUCACUUGGAACCAACUAAAGACUUUUGUCAACUCGGGUGACCUUGGCCUCUUGAAGCGCGAUAGAAAACUGCAGAAGAGAUACGACGAAUGGGUUAUUGGUAUCGUCGCUGAGUAUGGCUCCGUGGUGAAGUACCUCAUGAACCAUCGGCUCCGCUGGGGUCAACCAGAUACCCUGUCCCUCCUCACCUCUGAGCUCCAAGAUGAUAGAUUCGUUGAAGCUCCCAAUUCUGAUGGUACAAAUAGGCCCACAGAUGGAGAACCUCCCGCAUAUUUCUCAUGGGAAACCCCGUCGAAGUAUCUGAGCAUUAUCCAGAACGAUUGGCCAUACUCUGUACCUUCCAACAUUGAGCACACUUUAAUCUGGACGAAGGUGCCCAUCUACCACCCAGACCUAGCGGCGCCAUCUAUCAAAGCCCGUAUCGACCAAGACGGUCUCUGGGGAUUUACAGGCCUAGACUCUCCCCCUCCAUCUCCAUCUACCCUUCCGGCCUGUCUUCCUGCCCUCGCGGAGUGGGGAAUCACCUUGGAGAAGAUGGUCAAGUCAGAGACUCCGACACCCGAAAAGGCGGUGCUGAUACGACGAGCAGGGAGCGAGGUUCAUAGAUUUGUGAAGAAUAGAUGGCUAGAGAGCGAAUGGGAGACCGCGUGGUUUGUUAACCCUCCUAGAUUGCAGAGUGUGCCUGGUCUAGCCCACAUCCACGUUUUCGCUCGCCACAAAUGA